AUUUUUUCAUUUGGUCGAUACUCGUGUAGUCUACAUUUAAAAAAUAAUAGUAAAGCCUUCAGCUCACAAAGCAGUGUGUUCACAUUUACGUUGUAUAAGUAAUAACAGUAACACGUAUUAAUUACUUUAACCAUCUAAUCAUUUCUAUUUUGUAACAAGAAGUAACAAUGAUGAGAAAAGGCUGUCGAUGUUGUUGUAAAUCAAGAGAUACAGAUGAAAGAUUGUACAAUACAACAAGUUAUCGAGCAUUCUACUGUGGACCAAGUCACAAAAGUAAAUUAAGAGAUGAUUCAUUUGAACAGUCUGUUGAACAGAAUGCCCAAGACAAUUCACCUAAUGCGAAUACAUCAAACUGUCAAAAUGUUGAGGAGAGACAAUGUUAUCAGCGAAUCAAUAGUGCUCAACAAAAUCAUGAUCAUACGAAUACAAAUAAAGACUUAUCAAUGUACACUAGUCGAUAUCAAAGUGACUACCAGAUUAAGCACACCACGCCUCCACGAAUGAUUAAACCAAAAGAUAAUCUAGUUGUUGGAAGAUUUCAAAUGGAUGGGACAUUUCUAAAAUGUUAUUGUGCUUCGUGAUAUUUACUAUAACCAGUAAAAACUAUAGACAUGAACAGCUAAUUUAAUGUAUACAAAAGUACUGACCAUAGUAAUACAACCACAGUUACAGUGAACAAUAUUUUUGUAGACAAUAUCCUUAUCUCUAGUGAAUUCUGUCGUAAUUCUGUUGUCAUUAUUGCAUUUCAGACAACAGGCUAGUUUUCUAUCGUGUUGACUUCCACUUAUCUACCUGAG